AUGGCAACUAUCUCACUUCCCGAAUUUAAUUAUAACCAUCUCCCCAAAUUUGAGGUGUUCCCACAUUAUUCCACCAAACCGGAAGACAUUCCCUUCAAAUUUGUUCAAAGGAAGUCUCAAAAUUUAGCAGACCCGUCUAGAAAACACAAAAAUUUCACAGUUGCUGCAUUUCUCGUGACGUGUUUCAAUUUUGGAUUUACACUAUUAAUUUUUCCUUUUCGAUUUAAACGACAACUUUCAAAAUCUUCUCUGCAUCUCUUUGAACCAGAAUCCAGCCUUAUCCUUUACACGAACAAAUUUCAGCAGAUGCUUUGUGCUCUGGCCCACGCACUUCUGAUGUUCCAAUAUUUCUCAGAAUGUCGCCAAUUGCCGUUCAGCUCUCUCAAUCCGAAGACACAUCCGGGAAUUUAUUUCUUGAUUUUUGACGAUGUUACAGACUUUAUUUACAAAGGGGUCACUAUUCUGGUAUUAUGGGUGAAGAAAGACAAGUUCUAUAAAGUUAUCACCUUUAUAACAGAUUCAGGAUCUCGUAAUUUGGAAGUAUUUCGGUUAAACAGAGCGCUCCCACAACGAUUAGCAAUCAUUCUGUACGGAUAUUACACUGUACUCGCUGUUUUAUCCACCUUUCUCGGAUUUGCAAAUGCAUCCUCGCCGACAGUCUCCCGAUUUUGGCGAACUUAUCUUGGCAUCGGGCGGUACAACUUUUUCUUGUCUGGAGCCUCCAAUUUUGCACAGAGUAGCGAAAUAUCUUCCCCAAAGGAAAUAGCAUUUGCCUCCAUGGCUCUCGUGGGAAUGAUAUUUCGCCAAUUUUUUAGCAUAUUUGCAGAUGGACUUGUUCUAGCGGCGUGUGCAACCUUGUGGUGGUCGGCUAGAAAUUUGGCACACAUUGUCCGCAAGGAUAUCACAUUGAUUGAAUUGCAAAUGGAACAACAAAAACUGAGAAAGAAUAAAAUCUAUUUCGAGUCAGAGUACGUCUUCUGUCCUGAAAACACUCUGAAAGAGUUUGAUGCACUGCGGACACUUUCGAGCUUGAUGAAUAAAGCUAUCAGCGCCAUAGUUUUGUGCUAUGUGACGGAAGCCUUGUUCUAUUAUUCGACCGGAUUAAACGCCAUAUUUUUGGCGAAAGAUUGGCUGAGAAGGGUUCGCUCGAUAACUUUCUUUCUUAACAUGGUUGGCAUCCUGUUUAUGUCGGGAGAUACGUGUCGCCAGGUGAACCGAAUGGCUGAAUGGAUAUCUGCAAUCAAGAAAAAAUCUUCCUUAAAUUUGAAUGCAAUUCCAAUUUUGGAUUCAGACGAAAGCACUGUGCUACUAAAUGAGUUAAAAAAUCGGUCGAUUUCAAUUACGGGGCACAUCUUUGUGAUGGACUACAACGCUGUGUUUAGUAUCAUUGGAACAAUGGUGACGUAUUUCAUCAUUUUUUUGUCAUCGGAUUGAGGAUGGGUUGACAUAUUUAACACUAAGACAUGGAAUAUUACAAAAACUUUAAUGCAAAUAUGCAUUUUAGAUAAGACAUGUGCCCUUGCCUAAUUUGAAGGUAGUAUAUUUUAAACAAUAACAACAAUUUUUCGCAAAUGGUAUUUUCCUUACAAACAUUUGGUGAGAUAUGUACACGACUUUAUCAAAAUUUAAAUUACGAUAAACCUUUAAAACCGGCACAAUAAAUAUUUAUGCGAAAUUUAA